AUGCUUCUGUUGAGUAAAUUUUCAGGGUCCAAGUCCCGGAGGAAUUCGGGGAACGAGCGGAAUGCGCGGAGCGAGCGGAAAGAUGAGAGCGGAUGCGGCUCGGAGCUACCCCUUGGACGUCAACCCGCGGCGCGCGUCGUUGUCUUCGAGAGAUGCGGUUCGCAGGAAGCAUUGACAGCACGCGGAGACGCGGAGAACCCGCCGGAAUUACUGGCUUCUGAACCUGCUGCGGCCGGAGAUUGCGGGGCUUGCGGAGGUUGCGGAAGCUGCGGAGGCUCUGAAAGCUGCGGAGGCGGAGGAGGUUGCGGGGGUUGCGAAAAGAACGAGGUUUCGACGCUGGCGCCGGCGGGUUUCGCGCAUCGCCUUUCGUUCUCGCUGGACGAGACGACCCUGAGCGACGUCGCUCGUCGAGCGUGCGAAUCCUCUCACGAAUUGUCGUCGCAUCAUUCGCCGGAUGCCAAGGCGCGUCGCUCGUCCUUCUCCUUCGACCCUCCCCCGCUGGUGGCUGGGGAAGAGGGAGCUCCUGGGAACGAAAUCUGCGAGGAGGGCUCAACGGCAGGCGAAAUUGGCGAAGAAAAUACGGCGUCAUCACAGCAGCAGGCGCAGCAGCAGCAGGGGGAGGUGGAGGAGGAGCAGCAGGACGAAGCAGAGAGGUGCCGGUGCGAGAAAUGGAUGGCGUUUCAGCAGUCGAUUGCGGCAGCAGAAGCAGCUGACAACGCCGCCACCGCCGAGCCCGCGACUACGCCUGGCAGCGCCGCUACUGGUACUACUAUUGGUGAUAGUGUCGACUGCUGCGCUGGCGACUCUGGCGACUGCUGCGCUGCGAAUUCUUUCGGCGGGUUACAAUCUCCAGCUCUUAGCGUCGCCGAGGAGGCGGAGGCGCCAUCAAUUGCGACGCCAGUUGCGCCAUCAGUUGUGCCGUUAGUUGCGCCGUCGGGUGCGACAGCAACAGAGACGCUGUUCUCCCGGCGAAUGAAGUCUCAAUCGCACCCAGCGGCGCGGGUAGCACCCGUAUUGGGCGAUACCACUUCGGGGACGCGCAACUUCCCCUUCCCCCUGGCCCGGGGCCCCGCAAGCGCAGGCCUUUUGCGGAACUCCCCGCUGCGCAACUUCCCCGCUCCCCGCAGCUCGCCGCAGAACGAUAUCUUUCCGCCCCCGGGGCCGGCGGCUCUCACGGCGGCGUUUCUGCCAGAGCCCCGCUCUGCCCGUGCCAACAGUACCUACCAGUACACACCGCCUCGCGUUAGUGAACCGUUUCAGACAGGCAUAUCUUGUAGUGAGGCGUUUAGGGGUGCGAGUAGCGAGUCGCCUCGCGUUACAGUCACGUCGAUGGUGACAGAGAUCGCGUACGAACCGCUCCCUGAAGGCCUUUUCACUCCGCUCACCCCGCUAUCCGCCGCUUCCGCCGAUUCCGCCCCUUCCGCCGCUUCCGCGCUGUUUUCUCCGGGCGGCCACUCCGCACGAUUUUUCGACUCCCCCGGCGCGUUUUCUCCGCGUGGCCACCGCGCGGCGUUUUUGGAUUCCCCCGGCGCGUCUUCGUCCGCCUCCGUUUCCUCUGCGUCCGUUCUUUCCCCCGGCGCUUCCCCCGGCGCUUCGCCUUCAUCUUCUCCCGCCGCACGAACACUCGCGACGCGACACAGGCGACAGUCGUCCGCGUCGCACGCGACGACCCCUCCGCCAAUCACGUCGCUGCAAGGCGACGUGCCGCGUUCGCCGCUGGCUCCGUUCCGUCGGCGAUCGCAUUCGUUCGCAUCGCUCAACUCGUUUCAGCUGCAACGAAAAAUCCAGGCGUCCCCGUCCCCGCCCAUGUCCCCGUCUCACGCGUCGGCAGCAUCGACCCUAGCGGAAGCCAGGGCGGCUCGUUUGUCCACGUCAGCAGCAGCGGCAGCAGCCGCCAAACCAGGAGGAACCAGGAUUUUCGCGUCGCUGCCGCUCCAUAAGCCGACAAAAUUUUCAUCGCCUGGCUUGCAAGUAUCGCCACCCGCGGUUACAGGAUUCGCUAACUGUGCGACUGGUGCAGCUGACGUGGCACUUGCUGCAGUCGCUCCGACUGCCGCCUCCAGUUCGCUUGAAUCGCACGCCGUCGCUGAAGCUGGUGUGCCGCAGUUCCCUCGGUGGGGAUCUACAGUGAAUCGUUCUACAGUACACGGAGGUACAGUUGAGACUUCUACACUCCAAGGGGCUACGAUAAAGUAUUUUACCAUUAACGAGAAUGCAGUGCCUUACGCCCCUAACAGAAAGCCCACCGGCUCGAAUUGCAUGGUUUUCCCUGCUUCUCCCAAGUCCCCACAAGCUCUAGUCGGAGCAACGAGGGGCAACCCGGGGUGGGAAAUGGAGCGGAAUGGGGGGUACUUUAUGGGAGGCGUGGGGGAGGCAAACAGGGGGGACAUGGCAAAGGGGUGGGGGAGCACAUCGCUGGGGGUGGAGCUGGGUGGUGGGGGAUGUGUGAGGGGAGGCGCAGCCGCAAUGCGGAUGCGCGUGCACCAAGGGAUGAGUGCUGCGAAGCAUGUGCAUGAGCGCAUGCGAUCUGAAACUGCUGGGCAGGUUGACAACUUGCUGCCAGCCUGUCACAGUAACCGGACUGGCGAAGUCGGGGGUAAUUAG